UUCAACGAGUUGAAAGAGAUUCAAGAACUUGGUUGCCACUCUAGUAGGCUUUGCCAAACUUGACAGUGAUGGAACGACAAGUCAGAUUGACCGUAAGGAUCCUUUGCCUAGUCUUUCUGUUGGAAGGGUCCCAAGUGUUUGCUCAAGAACAAGUUCUCAGAUAUACCGUGGAUUCAUGCCGAACCCUCUCCCCUUUCUAUCAAGAAGAGAAUUACUCCGACCUGAAUAUCGGGCCCCUCAAACCCGCCCAGGAAAAUGAAGGCGUGGACUUUGAUACCAAUAAAAUAGUGUUCAAAACACCUAAAAAGUCCACGGUCCGAAAUCCGCCGUUCAAGCUUGUGGUCAGUGCCACCCAAUAUCGUCGCAAUAGGAAAUAUAAAGUUUCCAUUGUGGCGGAGGAGUAUUUCGAUAGCUUCAUGGUCCAAGCACGUGGUCGACCAACGGAUGAUGGGAACACCAGUCACGUCGGCUCAUGGGUGGAUAUUCCCAGUAUUGGGGCAAUCAUACGAUGCCGUCAAAACCCGAGGGCAGCAGUGGUCGAUAAAGGGCGCCCUCUGAAACUGGGCAACCUGACCUUUACUUGGAAAGCUCCGGAGGCUGAUGUUGGCCCGAUUCAAUUUCAAACUUCUAUCGCCCUCAACGACGCUUACGUGACCAUCGCAUCUGAGCCCCUCACUUUCAAUAACUUCCCAGAUUCAACCUCAGGAUGUGGACGAACCUUGUCCUGCUUUCGAGUGUGUCUCUUCACCCCUCUAUGUGAUUCGGAUGGCGUGGCCUACAUGUUAAUCAUGAACCGAACCAAGGACAACGAGAUCGUCUUCAAAUUGGGAGGGUUUCUGCCCAACAGCACGUCUUACGUUGCUGUUGGGAUUGGCCAAGACAGUAAAAAUCUCCGGAACAUGGAUAUGAUGGCUUGUCAAAGAGACGAUAACACUGUAAUGUUGAGGCAUUACUUACUCGAAGAUUCCACUUCACGUCCGUAUCGCCAUCGGCAACGCAUCCGGUUGCAAAACUUCGAUGUGGAUCGAGAAACCGAUUUUGUUUGGUGCCAAUUCCAGCGUCCAAUUAAUCCCUCGGAUCGAUUUGAUCUCGAUUUAACCCAAAGACUCCAUCAUUUUUACUUCUGGGGCCAACUCGACAAUCAGUCGAUACCAAUAUUGCCAGAUUCUAAUCGCCUGUUCAAAUCCUACUACGACUUCAACAUAUCAGAAGUUUACAAUGAGAUCGUCUUCGAGUCUGGAAUUUUGGACUUUCAUUCUGCGGGGCAAACACUAAAAAGGCCAUUCAUCAUCGCCAGUCUUCCAUUAUCGUUGAUGAUUAUGACAUUGAGCAAUUGGAGGGCAUCCUUGUGAAUCAAUCUCAAGUCAAUAUACAUAUUUGCA